AUGACCGACGCUAUACACCAGCCUUCCCCCGCACCUCACGAGCAGGUACUUCCCCAUGACUCGGUGUCUAAUGCUGGAGGGCCGACGAGCAGCAGCGCAGACCGCACCCCUGAUGAGGUUAAGGCAGAAAAUGCGUUGGCUGAACGCCUAUCAGCCAUCAUAGAGGACGCCAACGAACGCCUACUCCCUCUUUGCAAUAUGAUCCGAAAGAAUAUAGAAUCCUUCGAACGACAGAAAGAAGAUGAUAGAGAUGAGGCCGAACUGGUCAAACAAGUCCGACCGCUGAUUGAACAAGUGGAAAAGGUCCUCAAUGAGACCAACGGCGCUGUCAAAGGAGCGGAUCCCGACAAUCGCUUGUCAAACAAAGCGAAACGCCGCAUGCAGGAUCAUAAAGCCACACCAGAAGAGCAGAGGCUAGCAGAAGCACUCAAAACGCUUUUGCAAGAGGUGCAGGGUACCAUUGAUUGGGCCAAAGACAAACUUGAUUCUUUCCCCAAGGCCAAGAAAGACCUUGGACCACUCCUGGAUGCUCUAGGGCAACCUUUAGCACAGAUCGUUGGCGGCGUGGGGUUAUUGCUCGCUGGUGUACUGAACUUGUUGGGCAAAUUGUUGAGUGGAUUGGGCUUGGACAUCCUGCGAGCAACUCUGCAACGACGGCUGCAAGCUAACAUCCUCUACCAUUCAAAAUGCUGCACCAGAGCACGUCUCAAUGCUACUCUUUCAUUCGCUCGACCAUCCCAUGAAGCCACAGAAGCUGGGCCAAGCACCGUCGAAGAACCUAGCACGUUCGAGAUACCAUUCGGCAGGAGCUUGCUGGAUCAGACCAAAGUGGAGGAGCAUCUAAGUGCUAUCCAAGCUACACAGGAAGCUCCUUUGGACCUCAAGGAUUUGGAAUAUUAUCGACCCAAAGGACCCUGCGACCCGAACUCAGUUCAAUAUGAACGCCAAUACAAGGCCCUGCUCGAUGGCCUCCUGCAUUCGUUCAGUAAAAAGCAGUUGCGUCGCUGCUGCCAGUUAUAUGGCAUGGACGCCAAAUCGACUGCUGCUAGUCGGACGAAAAAAGAGUACGCAAGGGCAAUAGUAGAGAAGGAGUGGGGGUGGCCGUCCUUACACCAAGUGAGGCAGAAACAGCAGGCGUGGGUUCAGGAGACUCGGUCGUUCCCACUCGACCCUAGGCAAUCUUUUAUCAUCCUUGGAAAAGAUGGUUCCGACCUCCUCUCCCUUUCUGCGAAAUAUGACGUACAUAUCACACUGUCGUCAAAUCCUCUAAGCUUGAACGCUUCUGGUAGAAGAGGAUCGCUGGAGAAGCUCACGGAGCGGAUAAAUUCAAUCACGGCGAAUGUCCAAGAAAAUAUAUUUGACCUUCCAUCUCGGACUCCAUUAUCCUCAAAUCUACUACAGCGAAUAUCGCGUCUUACUGGUGCUUUCGUGGAAAAUUUUGGCAAGCCUGGAACUAUUCGAAUAUCUGCUAUAGAUGAACGAGCAUUAGCAAUUGCACGUCGAUUAGCUCUGCGGACAUCACAAGAGGCUCGCGCCCCCCAGGAAGGAUCCUUGCUUGCAUACAUCCCUCCUACACCACCCAGCGACACUCCUGUCCCGAUUUCGUUCCCUUACGCCUACUCAGUGUACCCUUUUCUGGCCUCUCGACCAUUGCCAUGGAGCAUCAUUACAAAUGGAACGUUUCGUGUGCGGAGGGUAUACGAGUGGCUAGCGAAAGGUAUCUCACGAUCGACAGGACUUUUUCUGUCGGACGGCAAUCUAACGACUUUGACGGGGGAGUCUGUCGACAUCAAAUCUGUGUUAUCGAACGCUUUGCCAGUAUUAUCCAACGGUGAACCCGCUCCAGUCACCGUCACCGCUUCAUUGGGCCAUUUGCUUGUACCGUCGAGUACUGGCGGCCGGGCCAAUAUCCUCCCUCCUCUCAAAGGCUCCUGGCAAUUUUCGAAAAUCUUGGAUUGGUGGAGGAACCAUAGCGUUCAGCCAGCUUUCGUCCCAAGCCGACCUGACGGUGUGUUCACUGCGUCGCAAAGCGAGCAAAAGGUGCUGCACAGGCUGGUAUAUCACUCUUUUGAUCCAACACAGCAAAAUAGCGAUACUCGGCGCCAAAAAGCGAUUAAAUUCGAGGUCCUUCUGAAAGAACACGAAACCACAGGGGGGACAGAAACACACCUAUCUUCGAGUGUGCCCAUGGCUGAGCCUCCUGAAGAGUUUGUACUCUCCAAAGGACCAGAAGAUGCGGAAGGUCUUCAAGCUACCGAUGACCCUGCUGAAACGUCCGUCCGCAGAGAAAUUGUUUUAGAUCCCGAAUGCAUUAUUGACGAAGAAAAGGUCGUAAAUGUUAUGAUUCCUGACAGGCCAAUGGAUGUGCAAUUAACGGUGACACUCCCAACAGUUUUACCAUCCGAUAAGUGGCCAGCGCCCCUCCAGCAAUACUUCACUUCACUACGUGACUUCUUAACAUUAAAAGACCCUAGCGUCGUCCAACCAGACAGUCCAUUGACCCUCCUCUUCGAAGGCGACAAUUAUCUACUCCGGUCCUCCUCGAGUGUCCGACAGACCACAGAAUAUCUCUCGGAAGCAGCAUCCGCGGACGACAUUUCCAUCCUAACAGAACAAAUAUUAGACUUAGAAAGUGAUCAGCAGUCCACAGUUUGCAAGGUCGUGACACGUACCAUGGCAGUCGAUGCCACUUGGAACACGUUCCUCACCGCCUGCGAUCGACUGACAGCCAACAGAAAGGAUCUUUCAUGA